AUGCUCUUGCUGUCAACUGCAAACAAUUCCGCGGAUGAUCUACUCGAAUAUUGUAUAGAACAUAGCUACCUUGCCUUGCUCCCAAGGGUUUUCCAUCUCAGAUACGGAUGCUUCAUUACCUCAAUACACUGUGCAGUCAAGAACUGGAUCGUCAAUUCUGGCGAUUAUCAUCACCUCUACAGAUAUGGUGGUACAAAGACUCUGCAGUUCUUUCUCAAGCACAAGAUUGUGGAUUCCAACACGCACACCCCUUAUUCCUCCACCAAAACAGACAUUACACCUAUCAUGCUGGCUCUGAGGAACAAGCGUUAUGAUCUUGCUCGCGUCUUGAUUGAGAACGGUGCAUACGUCAACGCGAAGUCAAAAGAUGGGACUGGCGAAUCAGCACUGAUGUUUGCGGUCGAAAGCGGAUUUUAUCGAGACGUUCAGUUUAUUGUUCGUGGAGAAAGCUCUCUUACAGAAUCUAUAUACGACGAAGCUUAUAAAAUCGCUCGUUCCAACGUCUGGGGCAGAUGUGCAAUGCUCAUUGAGAAAGCAAAGACGGAAGGCGCUAAGUCUAUCCGGCACGUGCGAUUUCAGGACACACAUAUAGACGAGAAAGGGAUGAGAUAUCCAGUGUGGUUGGGUUUGGAUGAUUAG